GAGUGCGCUGUUCUCAUCUGAGAGGAGAGCAGCCGCUUCAUCCUCAUUCUGACUCCUUUUUAUAUUGCUUUCGGGAGUUGAAUCUUUAAAAAAAAAAGAAAAGGAGAAAAAGGGGAAAAAAGAAGGAGAAUAAGUCGCCGUGUGUGUAUGUGUGUGCAUGUGUGUGUUUGUGUGUGCAUGUGUGUGUUUGUGUGUGUGUAUGUGUGUGUGUGUGUGACCGCGGAGAAGCGACAAACUGCUGCUGCUGAGUUUAGUUCUUGCUGCUGCUGCUGAUGAUCCUGCAGCUGACACGAGCUUCUGGGAGUGACAUCAAAGUUUUUCAGGGUUAUUUUACUCGCUUGAAAUAUCCCAGCUGAGACCCCGUCUCCAGUUUUGUGCAGUUUUCUUCGUUUUUUUUUCAAUUAAAAAAAAAAAACAAGCAACAAAACAAAAAGAAAGAAAAAAAACAGCGCACGGUUCAAUGACUGGAGCUUUUCAUUGAUAAUUUGAGCGGAUCUUGAAGAGGCUGCAGACUCCGGAGGAACUGGCAUCAGUAGAGCGUGGAGAUGAACUUUGGACAUUUCCUGCUUGUUUCAUUCAUCACCACUAUUUCAGGGUCUAGAGCACGGUUCGAAGACAGUGCUCCCCGGAUUGUGGAGGACCCUUCGGAUCUAAUAGUCUCUAAGGGAGAGCCGGCCACUCUCAACUGCAAGGCGGAGGGCCGGCCCACGCCCAGCAUAGAGUGGUACAAAGAUGGAGACCGUGUGGAGACUGACAAAGAUGACCCCCGUUCUCACCGCAUGCUCCUGCCCAGCGGCUCCCUCUUCUUCCUGCGCAUCGUACACGGACGCAGGAGCAAACCGGACGAGGGCGUCUACACCUGUGUGGCCCGAAACUACCUGGGAGAGGCCAUCAGUCGCAAUGCUUCAUUGGAAGUAGCCAUCCUGAGAGAUGACUUCCGGCAGCCCCCGAGCGAUGUGGUGGUGGCUGCUGGCGAACCUGCCGUGAUGGAGUGCAUGCCUCCGCGUGGCCACCCGGAGCCCACCGUGUCGUGGAAACGCAACAACGUCCGAGUCAGCACCAAAGAUGAGCGCAUCACCAUGCGUGGGGGGAAACUGAUGAUCUCUCACACCAGAAAGAGCGAUGCUGGCAUGUAUGUUUGUGUAGGCACUAACAUGGUUGGGGACAGGGACAGCGACCCUGCAGAGCUGGUGGUGUAUGAGCGCCCCGUCUUGGUGCGGAGGCCGGUUAACCAGGUGGUCAUGGAGGAAGAGACCGUCGACUUCUUUUGUGAGGUCCAUGGAGAUCCUGCUCCCACUGUGCGAUGGCGACGAGAGGAAGGAGAGCUUCCUCGCGGGAGGUUUGAAAUUCGCAACGGCAACAACCUGCGUUUGUUCCGCGUGAAAGAGCAAGAUGAAGGGAUGUAUACCUGCACAUCUGAGAACAGCGUUGGAAAGACGGAGGCUUCAGCCAUGCUGCAGGUCCAUGUACCACCCCAGAUCGCUACAAAGCCCCGGGACCAGAUUGCCACGCAGGGGAGGAGCAUCACCUUCCAAUGUGGCACAACAGGAAACCCUCCACCUGCCAUCUUCUGGCAGAAAGAGGGCAGCCAGAUGUUGCUGUUUCCCGGCCAGCCACCUUCCCAGUCCGGCCGCUCCUCCGUCUCCAUGAGCGGAGAGCUGACCAUCACGGACGUCCACCCCGAGGACUCAGGCUUUUAUGUUUGCCAGGCCAUCAGUGUGGCAGGAAGCGUGUUGACCAAGGCACUGCUGGAGGUGGAGGGAGGUCCUUCAGGUCGCAUCCCACCCAUCAUUCGGCAGGGCCCGGCCAACCAGACCGUGUCCCAGGGUGCAACGGUGCAGCUGCACUGCCGUGUAGUCAGAGGUACCACAGUGACGAUCUCGUGGGAGAAGGACGGAGAGAGGCUUCAGGGAAAUAAACUGCGGCUGACCUUGAUGGAAAAUGGCACGUUACAAAUCACAGAUGUAAAGGAAACAGACUCCGGGACGUACACAUGUGUGGUAUCCAGCGCCACGGGCGAAUCAAGCUGGAGUGGGAUGCUGACUGUCAGAGAGGACGGAGCGCCUUCGGGAUCCAGAGUUUCUGAGUUCAUCCAGCUCCCGGGACCUCCGCAGAAACCGGUAGUGACUGAAGUGACCAAAAACACGGUCACCCUCAUCUGGCAGUCCAAUCCUCAUGAAGGUGGGGCUGCCGUCACCUCCUACAUUAUUGAGGCCUUCAGCCAGUCAGUGGGAAGCACCUGGCAAACGGUUGCGGAUCACGUGAGGCAGGAGAGGCACACGGUCGUCGGACUCUUUCCAAACACGGUUUAUCUCUUCAUAGUCAGAGCGGUCAACUCGUAUGGCCUCAGUGACCCUAGUCCAAUCUCUGAGCCAGUCAGAACGCAGGAUGGGAGUCCAACAGAAGAGGGUGUGGACCACAGACAGGUGCAGAGAGAGCUGGGAGAGGUGUCCAUCUUCCUGGAGAAGCCUGUGGCUCUGUCUCCUACCAGCGCCAGGAUCGCUUGGACUGUUGCCCAUCACUCCCCGUUUGUUCAGGGUUACCGCAUAUUUUAUCGAACAGCUGGCAGCUCCUGGUUGAUCCAAGAUGCAGAGGCCACGUCUGACCACAGUACGGUGUUGUCAGAUCUGCAGAGCGACAGCGAGUACGAGGUCAAGAUCCGCCCUUACUUCAACGAGCUGCAGGGGCACGACAGCCUCACGGUGCUGCUGCGUACCCCUGAAGAGGGUUUGAGUGGCCCUCCACAGGCUGUAUCAGUGGUGCAGCUCACCAACAGCUCCAGCAUCAGCGUCUCCUGGGAGCCGCCACCUCACGACAGUCACAGUGGCAUCAUCCAGGAAUACAAGGUCUGGUGUCUGGGGAGUGACGUGGAGUGGGAGAGCCAGAUAAACAGGACGGUGGACGGAGCGGUACUGUCCAUCCUGCUGACGGGCCUGCAGCCUCAUGUCCGUUACACUGUGGCAGUGGCAGCCGUCACCAGACUGGGUGUGGGCGCCCAAAGCCCACCUGUCAGCCUUCUUCUCACUCAACCGCUGGAGGUGAAGAAAGGCAGCAACCUCAGUAUAAGCGAGCAGAUCACGAGCGUAUUCCGCCAGCCGGCGUUCAUCGCGGGACUGGGCGUGGCCGCGUGGUUGGUGCUGAUGGGCUUCAGCGGAUGGCUGUACUGCCGGCACCACAGGAGGAAGCAGCUGGGACACUACACCACAUCCUUCGCUUACACACCAGCAGUUGGCUUUGCUCACAGUGAGGGAUCAGGAAUCAUCAAUGGAGGGCCUGGCUUGUUGGGAUCCAACAUGGGCAACUAUCCUUGGCUGGCAGACUCGUGGCCGACUCCGAAACUCCCCCACAACGGCAACGACUCGGGCAACUGCUGCUCCGGAAAACUGGACUCAGACAGAUAUUAUAACUCUGUUGGGAUUAUUAAUUACCCGAGCCAGACGGAGAAACGCAGCACGGCGUCCAACGACAGUCCCAUCUACAGCACCAUCAACACCACUGCCGAGGACGACCUGUUGGCUUACUACGACACGUACUCCAGUAUGUCCUACAACCAGGGCCCAGACCCUUACAGCAGCAACCCAGUUCUGUCAAACAGUGACCUGGCGGGUCUGGAGCAGGACCUGGACCGCUGGACCAUCCAGUCUGGGCAGUCUGGAUCGGAAUACGCCAAGCUCCAGUACACCAAGAGAAGCAACGACAAACUGGGACCGCAGCGGUGUGCCGGAUCUUCGUCCAAGUCUGCUCCUACCACCUGGGUGGAUGUUUUAUCACUGCCCCUUCCUGCCAACCAACGCCGAGGUCGUGCAAAACCCGACAAAGAAGAUGUGCGGCACAGCUCUGAAGAAGAUGAUGAUGACUGGUGUCCUCCGCUGCCAGCCAGAACCUACCUGAUGGACGCGUCCAAGGAGGAACUCUCCUGCCUGCCCUCUAGAGCAGAGGGACUUCCACACACAGCUACGCUGAAGUCUUCACCCCAGAAAGACACGCCCAACCCCAACGGCAGUCCACGCCUUCAGCACUUUGACCUCCUGGCCCGUCACCACUUGGAGUCCCAGGUAUCCCAGUCCAACCCUGAUCUGUUCACCGACACCGAUGUCCAGGAUGCCAGUGAUUUGCCCACCUCUUGCCACUGGGUAGAUGAUUUCAGGGGAAAAAGCCUCAGCAAAGGACAAUCUUGCGCUGCAGCUGUGGAGCUGAGCCCUGCAGCCCAGGCUCACAAAUCCAGGAGUAAAAAGAGAGCACCCAAGGAUGGACAGAACAGGAGAGAGCCGCACAGUGCAGCAGAAGUCCCCCCUCCGCCGCCCCCUCCCUCCACAGACGACUCCCUGCAGCUCUUGGUGGAUGUUUUGAGCCGCAGCCGAGCAGACAGCGAUAGACAAGAGGCGAGCAACUUGCCCACUCUUCCGAAGAGAGGAGAGGAUUUCUCUCUGCAAAAGGGAGCACCAGUAAAGUGGUUAUCAAAAGAUGAGAAUAUAAUCCCGUAUGGGCAGCCAGGCAUCCUGCCCAAGGUCCAGAUUUCAGGGUCCCUGGGUGGAAAAGUCUUUCCCUGACCCUGCACUGCUCGCCGGAGGAGAGAACCUCAUGUAGACAGCAGCUGAUUACAAGACGUGACAUGCUCUUUUUUCCCUGGUUUCCUGUCUUUAUGAACCGUCAAUCUGUUGCCAUGGCAUCUUACGAAAGGCUGAAGACAAAAGGAAACGUGUCAAGGCUUGCCAUCUGCCUUUUCACAAGCUCUUUUUACUAUUUUUACUUUAUUUUCAUGAUUUCUUUUUCAUAUUUUUGUCAUUUCUGUCACCCCUCUGGUGUGUAUAUAGAUAUCUCCAAUGGAUUUUUUUUUUUUGAAAGGAUAUGAUCAAAUAUAUUGCUUAAAUAAAUCUGGAGGAAAAAUAAUGUAUUUUUAAGCAAAAGGAAGUAAAUGUAAGUCCUUCAUUGUUGUACAGCGGAUUAUUGAAUGUAUAUUCUGUUCACCCAGACUAUGAAGCCAUGAGCCGCAUUUUUCAUGAAAGAUGGGACAAGACAUGAGGCACAAAAAACGACUUGUGUGAGUGUGUGUGUCGGUGCUUUUAUUUCUCAUUUCUGUGUGACUGUCUACUGAUGUACUUCUGUAGAUCACCAGUGUGUUUGUUUCUAAAAUGACAGAAAAUAAAAAUCAAAUAAAUAAAU